AUGUCACAUUUUGAUGUGACUAAAUUCUUAGAAAGCUAUCAACAGCAUCCUUGUCUGUAUGACAAAUCCCUACCAGAGUACAAGGACAGAGAAAGAAGGAACCAAGCGGAAGACGAAUUAUUGAAAAUCAGUGGCCUAGGAAGUAUAAAAGAAUUACGGUCGAAAGUGAGAUCUAUACGUGGAGCAUAUAAUAACGAAUAUCGAAAAGUAAAAAAUUCAAUGAUUACUGGAUCUGGAUCAGACCAAUUGUACAAACCAAAGUUAAAGUGGUACAACUAUGCUCAUACCUUCCUCCGGAAAAAUACAGAUAAUGAGCCUGAAUCCGAAACAAAUCUGGUAAGUAAAUUAAAUACAUCAUAA